ACGGACGAGAGGGAGGGAGAGCCAGCCCAGCACAAGGGCACUUGGUGGAUCUCACGUCACUUUGAAACCCCUCUUGUGAAGAGUGCAUCACUUCUGUUUAACUGUAUUAAGUUCUGUUUCUUUCCUUCUCUUUUGGAACGGAAACUUCUGUUGAAAGAGGUUAGAUAAAGCAAAACAAGGAAAUAUAAAGAAACGUGCUAACGAGCGGAGCGCGAGAACGAGACGGGGGUCUGCAGUAUCACUAGGAGCAGCAAAAAAAAAAAAAAGAUUCUCACUCGCUACGGCCACUUUGGGGGUUUUCUUCAGUAUUCAUUUCUUCUUCAGUCGACUGCCACUUCUUUACUCAGUUGCGGACCUAAAGAGUUGUGCACCCAUAUGGAGCCGAGGAAAAUAAAAAAACUUUUGAUUUACACGCAUAUUUGCAUCCUGUAACGAAGACGACGCAAGGGCAGACGGAUAUAAUUUUGUAGUGCAUUACAAGAGAAAAAGACAACAGCCUUUCCCUCUGACAGCAAGCGGAUCAAGGAUUGUGGAUUUAAUCUUUAAGAAAAAAUACAGGACGAGCUUGGCCUUGAAUGGAUAUAUUUCUUUUUUGGUUCAUUGCAUUGUCAUUUUUUUCUUUACCUUUUCUGUAGCUGAGGUUCUAACCUUUAGCACUGAAUGGUGCGUGGAUUUUGACGACGUUCAGUAGUUGAUUUGUUCCGGCGUUUCUAAAAUCACCUUUUUAAGGAGCAGUAUCAAUGUAGCGGUUUUUUUUUUUAAUAGUAAUAUCACUAACGAGUGCCUCCGAGGUGCCCUGAUUUUGCUGCUAAUUUUAUAUAUUACUCGGUGGUUGUACCACUUAGCAUUUCGCUUGAUCAGUGAAAGAAUUAUUUGGAUUUCCCCCUCCUAAACUAGGCGAAAAUAUUGGAGGCACUUCCUAAUUUUGUGCUAUUAGUCUUCAAGGUUUUACUAUACCACGACGUAUAGGGGAUUGCAUGUAGAGGAUAAAGAAAGUAAACGCAUCCCCUCUCGGUGUAUUUUUAGGACGAAACACUAUUUUUUGUGGUAUUGGUAUACAUCUAUAACAAAAGACUGGCGUAUGUUACAGAUUGUCUUUGCUGCUCCAGUUCCAAGAUUAUUAAUAUUAUCUCAGGCUGCUUGUCGUUGCCUGGACUCGGAUCCCGGAUUCUUCAUGAUUUGCGGACAUCAUGCUCGUUUUUUAGCCGGGAAACCCUUUUUUCGUCCCGCAUGUUCAGGACCAAACGAUCGGGGCUCGUCCGGCGACUCUGGAGGAGCCGUGCGCCCGGGGAGGGCGACGGGGAGACGGAUACCCGAGCGCAUGGGACCGGGGGCUGCUGCAUGGGCAAAGCGGCUAAGGUUUCCAAGCCUAACCCCGGAUCUGAGGCUGAACUGAAAGCUCUGACCCACUCGAUCCUAAAAAGAAUCAAAGAGAAACAAUUAGAGGCGCUUUUGCAGGCUGUGGAGUCGAAGGGGGGUGCCCGGAGCCCCUGCCUCCUCUUGCCUGGCAAGGUGGACUCCAGACUGGGUCAACAUUCGUACCCCCUCCCGCUGCUGCUCUGUAAAGUUUUCAGGUGGCCGGAUCUCAGGCAUUCGUCCGAAAUUAAGAGGCUACCUUGCUGUGAAUCUUAUGGGAAAAUGAACCCAGAGCUCGUCUGCUGCAAUCCCCACCAUAUGAGUAGACUGUGUGAACUAGAGUCUCCCCCUCCUCCUUACUCCAGAUACCCAAUGGACUUUCUCAAACCACCUGAUUCCUCUGACUCUGUGCCUUCCUCUACUGAAACUGGGGGAACUCAUUUUUUGGCCCCUGGGGGGCUGUCAGAUUCCCAAGUUCUGCAGGAGCCAGGUGAUCAUUCUCACUGGUGCGUAGUGGCGUACUGGGAAGAAAAGACGCGAGUGGGCCGGCUGUACUCAGUGCAGGAGCCUUCCCUGGAUAUUUUCUAUGACCUACCUCAGGGGAAUGGCUUCUGCCUUGGACAGCUCAAUUCGGACAACAAGAGCCAGCUGGUUCAAAAGGUGCGCAGCAAGAUUGGUUACGGUAUUCAGCUGACCAAGGAGGCAGAUGGCGUGUGGGUGUAUAACCGCAGCUGCUACCCAAUCUUCAUCAAGUCGGCCACACUGGACAACCCAGACUCGCGGACGUUGCUGGUUCACAAGGUGUUCCCUGGGUUCUCCAUCAAGGCCUUCGAUUAUGAGAAGGCCUACAGUUUGCAGAGGCCGAAUGACCACGAGUUCACACAGCAGCCCUGGACCGGUUUCACUGUACAGAUCAGCUUUGUGAAGGGCUGGGGCCAGUGUUACACAAGACAGUUUAUCAGCAGCUGCCCAUGCUGGCUAGAGGUUAUUUUCAAUAAUCGAUAGCUGCAAGCCUUCUCAUGGAGUGGAACUACUCAGUUUGUUUCAUUCUUUUUUUUUUUUUUUGAAGGGAGGCGUGAAAUUAAAGACUUUGCUGAACGAAAAAAAAAUAGACCCAAGGACUUCUUUAAUAAAUAAGAUUUAAUAAAGAAAAAAUGUAUUUUAUGUUAUAUAUAAAUAUAUUAUUACUUGUAAAUAUGAAGACGUUUUAUAAGCAUUGUUAUUUAUGUAUUGUGCAAUGUGUUAACGAUAAAGAAAAAAGAUGCACUUUGCUUAAUAUAAAUGCAAAACAAAUGCCAAAAUUAGAAAAAAAAAAAAAAAACUAAAAAAUUAAACACAAGAUUGGUGUUUUUUCUAUGGGUUCCAAAAGCCCAGUUGAAUGUUUUUUAAAAGGAAUUAAUGUUCUAUUAAAAAUAAAACUGUACACCUUUUAACUUGA